AUGAAUCCGACGCCCAUGGGCAUGGGAUUCGGAUUUGGUCGCAAGCCGCCCAACAAGGCCAAAAUGCGUUCUCGCUGGCGACCACCGCUGCCGCUGUCCCGCCCCAUUGACAGCGAGGAGCAACAUCCCGCAGCAGCCACUUUAGGCAGUCAAAUGGAUAAUCUGGAGGAGCAGCACCUACAGUCCUGUUUGCCAAUUAAUGCCACACAACAACAUAAUCAUAAUCAGCCUAGGCAACAGAAGCAUCAACGUCACCAGCAUACCCAACAGCAGUUGCAACAGCAGCAACACUUGCAACAUCCACAGCAGCAGCAGCAUCAUACUGGACGCAGCCAGAUGACAACCCUGGCUCUGCUGCUACUGGCCCUUGUGGCACUUAGCAACCUGGAAACCCUGCUCGCCGUGCGAACCGAAGGACCACGCAAUCGUCAUGGAUCACCAGGUGGCAGCCUGGGCAGUACGAGCGGCAUCAGCGGCCUCAAUGCCGAGUGUCCAACGGACUCGUUUCGGUGCAACAACGGCAAGUGCAUCUCGCACCACUGGGUCUGCAAUUACCAGAAGGACUGCGACGAUGGCGAGGAUGAGAUGCAGUCAUGUCCCCCACCGGAAUGCGAGACACCUCAGCUUAAUUGCGGGCAAUAUGUGUUCAACAAGACAUAUUGCAUUCCUCCGCAUUAUCGCUGCGAUAUGAUUGACGAUUGUGAGGAUAAAUCGGAUGAGGCGCAGUGCACCUACCGCAAAUGCCAGCAUACGGAUGUCUUUUGCAAUGCCCCCAAUGGUGCUGCUCCAGCGGAGGGCGCCCGUUUGGUUGGACCCUGUGUGCCCAAGGAGAAGCGAUGCGAUGGCUACCUGGAUUGUCGUACAGGACGGGACGAGGAUGGCUGCAGCGGUGUAUCCUGUCGCCUGGACCAAUUCCGGUGUGCCAAUGGACACAAAUGCAUAGACGCCGCCCUCAAGUGCAACCAUCGGGAUGAUUGUGGUGACAAUUCCGAUGAGCAGGGUUGCAAUUUCCCACCCUGCCAUCAUGCUCAGUUCCGGUGCUCGAAUGCCUUGUGCAUUCCGUACAACUUCCAUUGCGAUGGCUACCACGAUUGUGCGGACAAGAGUGACGAGGCCAAUUGCACGGCCAUUGCCUGUCCGGACAAUAAGUUCCUUUGUCCACGUGGCGGAGCCAGUGGCACGCCCAAAUGUAUUUUGAAAUCUCAGCUCUGUGAUGGAAAGCGCGACUGUGAGGAUGGCAGUGAUGAGGAGACCAAUUGCUCCAUUGCCUCCUGUCCCGCCUUGAGCUGUGAGUUCAAGUGCCGACCUUCUUUAACCGGUGGCGUUUGUUACUGCAAACCGGGUCAAUCCCUGGCCCCUGACAACCGAACCUGCGUGGAUCUGGACGAGUGCGCCGAGUGGGGACACUGUGACCAGCUGUGUACCAACACCUUGGGCUCCUAUACAUGCCAAUGUGCCCAGGGUUACUCACUCAUUAAUGACUCCAAAUGCAUUGCACCCGAUGCCAAUAAUUUGCAACUGAUCUUUGCCCAUGACAGGGCCAUCAUGAGAAUGUUAUCCCAUGGCACGGACUCUAAGAUCCUGGCCAAUGCCACGGCUGCGGCGGGUGUUACCUUCCAUUAUGCCAGGAAUACGCUGUACUGGUCCGACAUCAAGACCAGGAAGGUGCAGAGUUUGCCGCUGGAUCCACAGAAUAAGGCAGUGUCGCCAUUUGAUCAAACCCUGCCUGGCACAUGGGCACCCGUGGCCUUGGCCGUGGACUGGGUUGGAGAUAAGAUCUAUGUGGCGGAUCUGGUGGGUCAGAAGAUCGAUGUAUUUGAGCUGAGUGGACAGUGGCAUGCCGUAGUCCUCGGUUCCAAUCUGACCUCACCCGCUGAUCUGGCUUUGGAUCCAACGGCUGGACUGAUGUUUGUGGCAGAUGGUGGUCAGGUGCUGAGGGCUCACAUGGAUGGCACACAUGCCAGAUCCAUUGUCUCGGAGGCGGCGUAUAAGGCCAGCGGCGUGACGGUGGAUAUCAUAAGCAAGCGAGUCUUCUGGUGCGAUUCCCUGUUGGAUUACAUCGAGUCCGUGGACUAUGAGGGAGCACAUCGCGUCAUGGUGCUCCGUGGACAGCAGGUGCCCAGUCCAUCGCGGCUGGCGCUGUUCGAGAAUAGGAUAUACUGGACGGAUGCCACCAAGCAGGGCAUUAUGUCGGUGGACAAAUUCGAGGGACCCAGCUCCAUUCAGGUGACAUACAAGGCCAAGGAUAUUAGGGAGCCCAAGGGCAUCAUAGCCGUACAUGCCCUCAGCCAGCCGAGGGUAUCGAAUCCCUGUGGAAAUAACAACGGCGGCUGCAAUCACAUGUGCAUUGUGACGGCCGUGAAGGGUGCUCCCACUGGACUUGGUUUCCGCUGUGCCUGCUCCACUGGCUAUCAGCUGGAGACGGAUCUUAAGCUCUGCAAACCCGUGGUGGAGUUCCUUAUGUACUCCCAGCAGCGAUUCAUCAAGGGCAAGGUACUGGAACCGGUGAUUGAGGGCUUCAGUGAUGCCAUCAUGCCGGUUGUCUCCCGUCGAGCACGUUUCGUGGGCCUGGACUUUGAUGCCCGUGAUGAGUUCAUCUACUACUCGGAUGUCCUGCAGGAUGUUAUAUACAGAGUGCAUCGUAAUGGCACUGGCCGAGAGAUAGUCCUCGCCUCGCAAAAUGAAGGAGUUGAGGGUCUAGCCGUUGAUUGGGCCUCCAAGAAUCUGUACUACAUUGACUCCCGCAAGGGUACCCUGAAUGUCCUGUCCACAAGGAAUGUGACCCACCGUCGCACGCUGCUAAAGAACCUGAAGCGUCCCCGUGCCAUUGUGGUUCAUCCGAAUCGAGGCUUCAUCUUCUUCUCCGAAUGGGAUCGACCGGCCAAUAUAACGAGAGCAAAUACCGAUGGCAGUGGAUUGCUGGUCUUCAAGAACGUGACCCUAGGAUGGCCCAAUGGCCUCUCCAUUGACUUUAAGGAGGAUCGUGUUUACUGGUGCGAUGCCCUGCUGGAUCAUGUGCAGCAUGCCAACCUAGAUGGCACGGACAUCAAGACGGUCAACUCACGACUGGUGCGUCAUCCCUUCUCCAUUGUGAUUCACAACGAUUGGAUGUACAUCACAGACUGGCGAUUGGAUGCGAUUAUAAGGCUGCACAAACUAACCGGCGAGCAGGAGGAGAUGAUGGUCCGGGAGCCGCAAACGAACAGGCUUUAUGGCGUCAAGGUCUACAGUCACGAGGUUCAGAGAAUAUCAGACACACAACCCUGUCACAGGAACAAUGGAGGCUGUCAGAAGAUCUGCUUUGCAGUGCCCAUUGGAGGAGGUGGUCAGAAUUCCACCUCCGGUGAGGUAACCACACCAUCACCCUCAUUUGGACGCCUGCAGGCGCGCUGCUCCUGUCCCUAUGGCGAACGUUUGGCCGAGGAUCAGGUGAGCUGCAUGCCCGAUCCCGGAGCAGAGCCUCCAGUACAACCCUGCCCCAACUCCUGGGACUUUACCUGCAACAAUCAGAGAUGCAUACCCAAGUCGUGGGUGUGCGAUGGCGAUGAUGACUGUCUGGAUAACAGUGAUGAGGAGCAGAACUGCACAAAACCUACUUGCGGAGCCAAUGAAUUCCAGUGCCGUUCGGGUCGCUGCAUACCACAGAACUUCCGAUGCGACCAGGAGAACGAUUGCGGUGACAAUUCGGAUGAGCAGGAGUGCGGCAAUGUGACCUGCGGCACCUCCCAGUUUGCCUGCGCCAAUGGUCGAUGCAUACCCAAUAUGUGGAAGUGUGACAGCGAGAAUGAUUGCGGCGAUGGCAGUGAUGAGGGUGACUUUUGUGCUGAGAAGACCUGCGCCUACUUCCAGUUCACAUGUCCCCGGACGGGUCACUGCAUUCCCCAUAGUUGGGUUUGCGAUGGCGACGAUGAUUGCUUUGACAAACAGGACGAGAAGGAUUGCCCACCGAUCUCAUGUCUGGCGAAUCAAUUCAAAUGCGCCGAUUUGAGGCAGUGCGUCGAGGAAUCGUACAAAUGCGAUGGCAUUCCGGACUGUAAUGAUGGCUCCGAUGAACUGGGCUGCCCCUCGAUGGGACCCAAUCAAUGCAAUCUGGAGAAGCAUUUCCGUUGCAAAUCCACUGGCUUCUGUAUACCCAUUGCCUGGCAUUGUGAUGGAUCCAACGAUUGCUCCGAUCAUUCCGAUGAGCAGGAAUGCGGCCAAAUCACCUGUGCCCAGAAUUUCUUCAAGUGCAACAACACCAAUUGUGUGUUUAAGGCCUACAUUUGCGAUGGCAAGGAUGAUUGUGGAGAUAAUUCGGAUGAAGGUGCAGAGCAUGCCUGUGUCCCGCCGCCAUUCAAGUGUCCCCACGGCCAGUGGCAGUGUCCCGGCGUCUCUGAGAGAUGUGUGAAUAUCACUUCCGUCUGUGACGAUACACCCGACUGUCCCAAUGGAUCCGAUGAGGGCGAAGGCUGUGAUCUCGCGGAGUGUGAGCAUCAGGCUGGUCAGUGUUCCAGCUUCUGCCAGAAGACGCCCAAUGGAGCGCUGUGUGUAUGCCCGCCGGGCUCAGAGAUUGGCGAAGAUGGUUUCACCUGCAUCGAUACGAAUGAGUGUGAUCCCCCAGGACUCUGUUCGCAGCAGUGCACCAAUACCAAGGGCUCGUACUUCUGCUCCUGCACAGAUGGCUAUAUCCUGGAACCGAACAAGCAUACCUGCAAGGCUGUCAAUCACACCGCCGCCUUCUUGAUCAUCUCCAAUCGUCACUCCAUCCUGGUAGCUGACCUCAAGGAGCAGGGACUGGAACGGGUGCCCAUCAUUGUGGAGAAUGUGGUGGCCACUGCCUCGAAUAUGCACACUGGCACCAUUUUCUGGAGUGACAUGAAGCUGAAGAAGAUCUCACGAUUGGACAGAGGCAUGGAACCGCAGGAAAUUAUCAAUACGGGUCUGGAUCUGGUCGAGGGAUUGGCCUACGAUUGGAUAGCCCAGAAUCUGUAUUGGCUGGACAGCAAACUGAAUACCAUUGAGGUGUCCGCGGAGAAUGGUUCCAAUCGAUUGGUCCUGGUCAGGGAGAACAUCACCCAGCCCCGAGGCAUGUGCAUCGAUCCAAGUCCCGGUGCCAGAUGGAUCUUCUGGACGGACUGGGGCGAGAACCCGCGAGUGGAGCGUAUUGGUAUGGAUGGUUCCAUGCGGAAGACAAUCAUCAAUACGAAGAUCUAUUGGCCCAAUGGAUUAACCCUGGAUAUAGCCACCAAGAGGGUGUACUUUGCAGACUCCAAACUGGACUUUAUUGACUUUUGUUACUACAAUGGUACCGGCAGACAGCAGGUCCUGGCCAGUAGUCACUAUUUGCUUCAUCCGCACUCGCUGUCCCUGUUCGAGGACACACUGUACUGGACGGACAGGCAGCUGAAUCGUGUUUUAUCUGCGAAUAAGUUCCGUGGCAAGAACCAGACUGUGGUCUCCCAUCUGAUCAGUCAGCCGCUGUCCAUACAUGUCCAUCAUGCCUCCCUGCAGCCCAUGUCGCCGAAUCCUUGUGCCCAGGCUCAUUGCCAGCAUCUGUGCCUGCUGAGUCCCAAGGAAACGGAGGGUUACUCCUGCAAGUGUAAGCCCGGCUACAAGCUCCUCAGCGAGGGACGCUGCAUCGAGGAGGAGAAUCCCUUCCUGAUGGUGGUCAAGGGCACACAGAUUGUGGAUCUGCCGCUGAAUGGUGGCGAUGCCAGAGCCGGAGCCCUGGCCCCGGUAAUUGGCAUCGAGAGCAGCACUGGACUGGACUUUGAUCGCAAGGGUGAGACCCUGUACUGGGUGCAGGGCAAGGAGGAUGACGAUGAGAAUUGCACCAUCUACACGACACCCUAUGGCGGCGGCAACAAGACCCUGUUCCUGGGCAUCGACAACGGCAUGGUGGGAGCCCCCUACACCAUUGCCUUUGACUGGCUUGGCAGGAAUCUGUAUAUUGGCAAUCGUGUGGCCAGUAAUAUCGAGGCAGUGCGAGUGGAUGGCAAGCAAAAGUAUCGGGCCAUCAUCCUGGCCAACAAUGGUUAUCCCAACUCCGUGUCCCGGCCCAAGCAGAUUGUCCUGGAUCCCACCGAUGGUAAACUCUUCUGGAUAGAUGAGGGCGUCCUGGAGGUACCGGUGAAAAUCGGUCGCGUGGACAUGAACGGCAAGAAUCCCAUAGUGCUCCUGCAGGAGAUCUCGCAUCCUGAAUCCCUGGUCGUGGAUAUCGAGAAGAAGCUGCUGUACUACAGUGCCAGCAACCCGGGUCUCAUUGGUGUCAUGGAUUACAAUGGUGAUGAGCGCACCACCAUUACCAUGAAGGAUUCGCAUCCGAUGGCCAAGCCCAAGAGUCUGGGCAUUCUGGAUCACAGGCUCUACUAUUUGGAUCCCCUGUACGAACGGAUUGUGCGGCUGGAUCUGCCGCAUGGCGAUAACCCCAAGACCAUUGUGGAUAACGAGGCCGAUCUGCGCUCCAUGAUGAUCUACAAGAAGCGGGCCUCGAUGCAGCAUCCCUGCCAGACGAACAACGGCGGUUGCAAGCAUCUCUGCCUGCCAGCCGAGGCUGCCACAAGAUCCUGUGCCUGUGGCAUUGGUUCCCGGAAGGAGAACGAGGUCAAUUGCGUGAACUACAAGACCUUUGCCGUGGUCUCCCAGCUGGACACGAUCCGUGGUUACAGUCUGAGUGACAGUACUGAGGCCAUGGUUCCUGUUAGCGGACCAGGACAUCACAUCCUUCAUGUGGACGUAAUGUUCCGUGAACAAUGGAUCUACUGGGCGGAGUACAAUCGUGGCUAUUGGAAUGGCAUCUUUAGAUCGCGACCCAAUGGCACUGAUAUCCAGCAUGUGGUCAAGGAUGGCAUCGGUAGCAACGGCAUUCGAGGAUUAACCAUUGACUGGGUGGCCGGCAACAUGUACUUCACCAAUGUCUAUCCGCAUGAGAACUACGUGGAGGUCUGCUGGAUGGAUGGCAGCAACAGGAAGGUUCUGGUGAAGACCACCACCGAUGCACCGCGUGAACUGGCCGUGAAUCCCAUCAAGAGGCUGCUCUACUGGAUUGACUAUGGACAGCAUCCCAGAAUUGGCAAGGCCCUGCUCGAUGGCAGCAAGUGGACGCCGCUGGUUACCUCGGGCAUCUCGAUGCCCAAGGAUCUCACCAUUGACAUGCAGACCCAUGAUAUUUUCUGGGUGGAUUCCAAGCUGGAUACCAUACAGAAGAUCUCUUACAAUGGUGCCAAUCGCAAGGUCAUCCGUCGGGAUUUGCCCAAUCCCAUGGGCAUUGCCAUCUAUCUGAAUGAUGUGUAUUGGGUGGACAGGAACCUGAUGACUGUCUUCAAGGCCUCCAAGCUGAAUGCCAACGAGUCGGCCGUUCGUGUGAGAACGAAUCUGGAGAAGCUGCGCGACAUUGCCAUCUUUAAUAUCAACAAUCAGCCGCAGGAUGAUGCCAAUCCUUGUGCCCAUCUGGGCAAUGGUGGCUGCGAUCAGCUUUGCUUUAGUUUCCCACCGGAAGGCGGUGCCACGGGUCCCUCGGGCCGGAACUUCCGCUGCGAUUGCGCCACUGGAAAGCUGAGUGCCGACGAGAGGAAAUGUGAGACUGUCAAUGAAUAUCUAGUGUUUGCCACCAGAACUGAGAUCCGUGCCGUUAACCUUGAUCCACAUUCCACGGAAGUGCCCUUCACACCGCUUACAAAUCUCACAAAUGUUGUGGGGUUGGACUUUGACUUUGCCGAUAAUCGAAUGCUGUACACACAAAUCCGUCCCUGGGCCAAGAUUGCUUACACCAAGGCCAAUAAGCCGAGCCAUGAUGACAUCAAUGUGGUCCUCAACAAGGGCAUCAAUCCCGAGGGCAUUGCCUACGACUGGACCCAGAGGAAGAUCUACUGGACGGAUAGCUCCAACAACUCCAUCUAUGCCAUGAAUCUCGACGGCAGUGAGCUGGUGAUGAUUGCCCGCGUGGAACGUCCUCGUGCCAUUGUUUUGGAUCCCUGCAAUGGCACCCUGUUCUUUACGGACUGGGGAAGAUUCGGUACCUCUGGCAAGAUAUUCCGCACCACCAUGGCUGGAUCCCAGAAGCGAGCCAUUGUGGACAAGGAUCUAUCACAGCCCAGUGGCCUGGCCAUUGACUAUGAUGAGCGACGCCUGUACUGGACGGAUGCGGUGAGGGAGAAGAUCGAGAGAUCCGAUUUGGAUGGUCAGAAUAGGGAGCUUUUGGUGGCAGCCACCAUAUAUCCGUUUGCCAUAACCGUGUUCCGGAACUACAUCUACUGGACGGACCUGCAGCUGCGUGGAGUUUACCGGGCUGAGAAGCAUACGGGAGCCAAUAUGGUGGAGAUGGUGAAGCGACUGGAGGACUCACCCCGUGACAUUCGCAUCUACAGUGCCGAUCGACAGAAAUGCAAUGUGAAUCCCUGCCGGAUCAAUAACGGUGGCUGUGCCCAGAGCUGUCAUCCGGCGCCCAAUGGCAAGGCGGAGUGCAAGUGCGAUGACAACACCAAGGUGGUCAACGAGGGCAGGAUGUGUGCUCCCAGGAAUAAUACAUGCGAGGCAAGCAAAUUCUACUGCAAGAAUGGCAGAUGCAUCUCAAGGAUGUGGUCCUGCGAUGGCGACGAUGAUUGCGGUGACAAUUCCGAUGAGGAUGCCAACUAUUGUGCCUAUCACUCCUGCUCCCCGAAUGAGUUCCGUUGCAAUAAUGGGCGCUGCAUCUUCAAGUCCUGGAAAUGUGAUCACGAGAACGACUGCAAGGAUGGCUCCGAUGAGCUGGGCUGCACCUAUCCGCCCUGCGUGGACGGUGAGUUUACCUGCGGCAACGGACGCUGCAUUCCACAGGCUCAGGUGUGCAACGGUGUCAAUGAUUGCAAGGAUAAUGCCACCUCGGAUGAGACGCAUGAGCGUUGUCCCAUGAACACCACCUGUCCGGCAAAUCAUCUCAAAUGCGAGAAGACCAACAUUUGUGUGGAACCUUAUUGGCUAUGUGACGGAGACAAUGAUUGCGGUGAUAAUUCGGACGAGGAUCCGCUGCAUUGUGGACAAAGGACUUGCCCCACGAAUAGCUUCAGGUGUCCCAACCAUAGAUGCAUUCCGGCCACUUGGUAUUGCGAUGGCGACGAUGACUGUGGUGAUGGAGCAGAUGAGCCGCCAGAUUACUGCAAAUCGGAGGGACGCACCUGCUUUGGGGAUCUGUUUACCUGUGACAAUGGCAAUUGCAUACCCAGAAUCUACAUCUGUGACGGGGACAAUGAUUGCUUGGACAACAGUGAUGAGGAUAAUCGGCAUCAGUGCAAUGAUCGCAAGUGUGACGAGGAGACGGAGUUCACUUGUGUGGAGAACAAGUCCUGGCAGCGUGCCCAAUGCAUACCCAAGAAAUGGAUCUGCGAUGGAGAUCCAGAUUGUGUGGAUGGAGCCGAUGAGAAUACCACCCUGCACAACUGUGCCACACAGCAGCCAUGCGGCGAGGACAUGUUCACCUGCGGCAACGGACGAUGCAUCAAUAAGGGCUGGAUCUGUGACCAUGACAACGAUUGCGGCGAUGGCACCGACGAGGGCAAAUUCUGCAAUUCAAAGUACAAGACCUGCUCACCGCAGGAGUUCACCUGCCAGAACUUCAAGUGCAUUCGCAAUCAAUCCCGCUGCGAUGGCGAAGAUGACUGUGGCGAUCACUCGGACGAAGUGGGUUGCGUCAAGGAGAAUGUGACCUGUCCGCAUGGUCAGUUUGCCUGCACAAAUGGCCAAUGCAUUGACUACAACCUGGUGUGCAACAAGUAUCCGGACUGUGCCGAUGAAUCCGAUGAGCCUGCCCACUGCAAUGUCGAUGAGUGUGCCAAGGUGGAGAUUAAUCAGUGUGGCCACAAGUGUGUGGAUACUCUAACAGGUUACUACUGUGACUGCAAUGAGGGCUACAAACUCCUGGCCGAUGGCAAGGCUUGUGCGGAUGUGGAUGAGUGCUUGGAGCAGCCGGGUGCCUGUUCCCAGCACUGUUCCAACACUCCUGGUGGCUUCUACUGCAAAUGCGAUGAGACCUACUACGAGAGGCAGAACGAUGAGCAUACAUGCAAGCGAAAGGACAAUAUCCCACCGUGGCUGAUAUUCACCAACAAGUACUAUGUACGCAAUAUGUCGGUGGAUGGACACCAGUACAAUCUGAUGCAUCAGGAUCUCAUGAAUGUGGUUGCCUUGGACUUUGAUAUACGUGAGGAGUACAUGUACUUCUGUGAUGUCACGGCCAAGACUAUCUUCAGGGCCAAGUAUGGAGAACCGGAUGAUGAGACGCCGCCAGAGAGAGAGGCAGUCAUUAGGCAUGAUUCCCAUGGCCUGGAAGGCAUAGCCAUCGAUUGGGUUGGCCGAAAGCUCUACUGGCUGGACAGGCACUCCAAGAACCUGGACGUCUCCGAGCUGGAUGGAACCAAGAGGAAAACUCUGAGGAGUGGCGUUGUUGAUCCCCGUGCCAUCGUCGUUCAUCCUGGCAUUGGUUAUCUGUACUUCACCUCGUGGCAUUUACAGGCAUACAUUGCCAAGAUGGGCAUGGACGGUUCAAAUUUCACCAGGAUCCUGAACUGGAACGAUGACAUUGCCUGGCCCAAUGCCCUAUCGAUUGAUUACUUCACGGAUCGCAUUUACUGGGCCGAUGCCCAUUUGGACUAUAUUGCCUAUGCGGAUCUGGAGGGUCGACAUCGUCACACGGUGCUGUCAGGCAGCAAGGUGCCGCAUGUGUUCGCCUUAAGUCUGUUCGAUGAUUAUAUCUAUUGGAGCGAUUGGAACCUGAAGGCCAUUGUGCGAGCCAAUAAGUUCCAUGGCGCCAACUACACCGUCCUAAGGAACACCACCCACCGUCCCUAUGACCUGCACAUCAAUCAUCCGCUGCGACAGCUUCCAUAUACGAAUCCCUGUGGCACAAACAACGGCGGUUGCUCUCAUCUCUGCCUGAUUGCUCCACCGCCGGAGUCCACCUACCUGAACAUCGAGGGCUACAUCGAGGAGGGAGCACCCAUUUACAAGUGCGCCUGUCCCAAUCAAUUCUAUCUGGCCAGGGACAUGAAGACCUGCGUGGCCAACUGCACAGCUGGACAGCAUUUGUGCGGUGGACGGGAUGAGAAGUGUAUACCUUGGUUCUGGAAAUGCGAUGGCGAGAAGGAUUGCAAGGAUGGCUCCGAUGAACCAGCAACCUGUGCUCCACGUCACUGCCGUGCCGGUACCUUCCAGUGCAAGAAUACAAACUGCACACCAUCGGCCACGAUUUGCGAUGGCGUCGAUGAUUGUGGAGAUCGCAGUGAUGAACAGAAUUGUGAUCUGCCUUGUCCACUGUCUGAUUUCAAGUGCAAGUCCAGCGGUCGUUGCAUCCUGGAUAGCUGGCGAUGUGAUGGUGAUGCUGAUUGCAAGGAUGGCAGCGAUGAAGACCCCGCCGUGUGCUUCAAGCGAACCUGUGACCCGAAGACCGAGUUUGCCUGCAAGAAUGGACGCUGCAUUCCCCAGCUGUGGAUGUGCGACUUUGACAAUGAUUGCGGUGAUGAUUCGGAUGAGCCUGCUUAUAUGUGCCGGCAGAGGAACUGCACCACUGGCUGGCAGCGUUGUCCUGGCCAAUCCAAUUAUCGAUGCAUACCCAAGUGGCUGUUCUGUGAUGGCAAGGAUGAUUGCCGGGAUAACAGCGAUGAGCUGCCAGAGAACUGUCCCAAAUGUAAUGCGGAAACGGACUUUAAGUGCGGCAACAACCGAUGCAUACCCAAGCAAUGGAUGUGUGACUUUGCCGAUGAUUGUGGCGAUGCCAGCGAUGAGAACGAGGCUGUGUGCAAGGGUCGUUAUCGUGACUGCUCCGAGUCAGAGUUCCGUUGCGGCAAUGGCAAAUGCAUCUCAUCCCGCUGGCAGUGCGAUCACGAGGAUGACUGCGGUGAUAACUCCGAUGAGAUGCACUGCGAGGGCUAUCAGUGCAAGAAUGGCACCUUCCAGUGUGCCUCUGGACACUGCAUUGCCUCAUAUUUCCGCUGCGAUGGCGACCGUGAUUGUCGCGACAUGUCCGAUGAGGUGGGCUGUCCGCCACGCUUCCCAGGCGGCAGAUACUGCCCGGAGUCACGUUUCCAGUGCAACAACAAUUUGUGCGUUUCCCUGUCCGAUCUGUGCGAUGGCACCGAUGACUGUGGCGAUGGCAGCGACGAGGAUCCCAGCGUUUGCAGUGACUUCAACUGUGACACCUUGCGGCGCUUCCAGUGCUCGAAUCAUCGUUGUGUGGCCCGCUAUCAGAUCUGUGAUGGAGUGGACAAUUGUGGCGAUGGCAGCGAUGAGAACAACAUGACCCUGUGUGCCAGCAAACAGAAGCCCUGCGAUUUGUACACUCAAUACCAGUGUGCCAAUAAGCAUUGCAUCGAACGCUCCCAGGUGUGUGACUAUGCCGACGAUUGUGGUGAUGGCAGCGAUGAGCUGGGAUGCCAUCACACGAGCAGCUGCUCGGAGCAGACACGUGGCGGUUGCCAGCAUCAUUGCCAUAAUCUCACCGAUGGCGGCUACAUUUGCACCUGCUAUCCGGGUUACAUCAUAGCGGCGGACAACAAGAAGAAGUGCUCCGAUGUGGAUGAGUGUCUCACGCGACAACAUACCUGUUCGCACCAGUGUCACAACCUGAAUGGCACCUAUUCGUGCAGCUGUCGAGAGGGCUUCCAUCUGACCGAUGGAGCCAGUGGUGUGUGUCGUGCCGAGAAGGAGGAUGUCAUUCUGGUGUUUGCCAACGGGCAAGAGAUUCGAGGAUUGGACCUACAGAAGCGCGAGGAAUUCGAGGUGAUAGCCGCCGAGAAGAGAAUCGAGGCACUGGACUAUGAUGCACAACAGCAGAUCGUGUUCUGGGCGGACAGCUAUGACAAGACCAUCAAGCGUUCGUACAUGGUUAAUGCCAUUGAUGGCAGGGCCAAGAUUGGCUUCGCCCAGGAUCUGAACAUGAAGGGCGGCUCAAAACCCACUGCCGUGGCCGUGGACUGGCUAGCCUCGAAUCUCUACUGGACCGAAAUGGACAGAACGGGCUCUAAGCCAAGGGGACGCGUGAUGGUGGCCAAGACCGAUGGUCGGUAUCGUCGUUCCAUAGUCAAUGCCGGUCUGGAGGUGCCCACAUCGAUAGCUGUGAAUCCGCAGCUGGGCAGGAUCUAUUGGUCUGAUGCCGGUUCGGCGCCCAAGAUCGAAGUGUCCUGGAUGGAUGGCUCUAAGCGCAGGCCGUUGAUUACCGAACAGAUCCGUCAUCCGGCUGGAUUGACCAUUGAUUACUCGCAGGAUCACAUCAUCUAUUGGGUAGACACCAAACUGAAUGCCAUCGAGUCAAUGCGGGCGGAUGGAUCACGCCGCAAGGCCAUCGUCAAGGGUGACCAGCUGCGACAUCCUGUUUCCCUGGAUCUCUUCGAGUCGAACAUGUUCUGGAUGACCCGCGACACCGGGGAGCUGGUGCGCCAGGAUAAAUUCGGACGCGGAGUGCAGGUGGUGCUGCAUCGCAAUCUUGUCAAUCCGUCCGGCCUGAAGGUGUACCACGACAAGCGGUACAAUACCUCGCUGCCCAAUCCCUGUGACAACUCCACCUGCUCCCACCUGUGCCUCCUCGUCCCUGGCGGUCAUCGUUGUGCCUGUCCCGAUGCCUCUGGGCCGCCGCCCUCGCAUCGCAGCACCGCCGAGGUUAUUUGCAAUGCUGCCGCCGAGCAUCCACGUCCGGCGCCAAGGAUCUGCCCUUGCCAGAAUGGUGGCCUCUGCAAGGAGGAUGCCCAGGGCGAGCUCAUCUGUGAAUGCAUGUCCGAGUUCCGUGGCGAUCACUGUGAGACAAGCACCACCGGUGCCUUUGGCCAUGGCGGUGCAAAUGUCACCGCCGUGGUGGUGCCCAUAAUGGUCAUCGUGCUGGUAAUGAUGGCCGCCGCCGGGGCCUGGUAUGUCAUCCGCAAGCGACCAUUUGGCAAACUGGCACGCAUGCCGGCCAUGACCUCCUCCCAGAGCGUCACCUUCCGCCACGGCUCGAAUGUGGAGUUCAGCGAGAGUGGCUUCCCUGGCGCCUCUGCUCCCGGAGCAGGUGAUAUGGCGCCCAUUGAGGGCUACAACCUGCAGACUGUGAAUGCCAACAAGGCGCGUGACUUUGCCAAUCCCAUGUACGAUGCCGUGCAGUCGGGCACCACUGCCGAUCCGGGCAUGGGCAAUGGUUCGGGCAUCUAUGAUGUUCCCGGUGAACCCUCAGCCAAGGGCAAGGCCAUUGGCCAUCAUGCCAGCGGUUCCUUUACGGAGCCCGCCUCGGCAAUCAUUGCACCCAGCAGCAUCACGCACAAGGCAUCGCCGCAGCUCCAGCUGCGCACCAGGGAGCUGGAUCCAUCGGCGGACACCGGCAAGGAUACACAGUUCCUUGUGGAGGAGGAUAAGUCCGAAUGCUGAUAUCAAGCCCAUCACUCGGCUGCCGUUGCGAUGGCUGUGGCGGUGGCCAGCUGUCGCCGUCAGCUCUCCACCGCGGAGACCAAGAACACUUAUCCCCUGCAGACAUAACAAAGAAUCAUCAGGCAAAGGAAGGAGCCGCAGUCACAGAUGCAAACGGAGCCGGAACACCAUCAUCAUCAUCAUCAACGGGAGGUACAAGGACGCCCUAGCAGUAAACAUCACAAAUCCUGGCAGGCGGCCAAGGCCACCACCAAGGUGUAGCCAGGCAGCAGCACCACAGCAACCAAGUGGGAGAAUAAUGCGGCCCAGGAGAAGGUCCUCUGGGGAAGGGGAUGGCAAAUACACAUAUCCAAAAAAAAAAAAAAAAAACAA